CAUCGUUCAACUAGUAUAUUUUUAUAGUCAUAAUUUUUUAGAUAGAUAUUUUCAAGUUUUACAUUAGUUUGAACGUAUAAAACAUGUUUUAGUUAUAGCCACAAGGACACAAAAUGCACAAAUUCAUCAAUUCCGUAGUUAUUUUAAUUGCUUUGAUAUUGAUUGCGAGUUGUAGUGCAAUUGAUGACCAACAAAAUAAUGACGUGCCUUCGGAACAAGAACCAACUACGACACAAAAUUCAGAGGAUUUAAUAAAGCUUCCAGUAACCAACACUUGUUUUUACAGCGAAAAAGAUUUGUGUGAAGAGGAAGAAGUAGCUUCAACUGGUCCCAAGUGUAAUUGCAAGCUUCAUAAUUUAUACAAGAAUGCCAUGUUUUGCUGUAAUGUCACGGAUAUUGAUAAAGCUCUCAAAUGUGCCAACGCGAAUUUUACUGUCUUGCAACACAUUCACAUACGUAAUGCAAGUCUCAAUGAAGUUGAUUUCUCUGAAGCCAAAUGGAAUUUCUUCCAAACAAUCGCAAUUACGGAUGGAAAUAUAUCGCGUGUUACAAAAGAAUUUUCUAGAAUGGCAAAUUUGCAAUGUCUAAACGUAUCGAAUAAUGGCUUAGAUGAAAUACAACCGAAACUUUUGGUGCGACUUAAGCAUCUGCAGUACAUUGAUUUGUCAUUUAAUAAUCUUACAUCGCUUCCGGAAGUUACGAACCGCAAAAACUUGACGAUAAAUACGAGAGGCAACGAUAACAUGAUCUGCAAGUCAGCGAACGAAGUUUUGGGAAAAGAAUCUAUCAAAUUUGUUGAUCCAGCAAAAACUUUUUGUACGUCAAAUUCUAAGGUUUGGUACGAUACUUCGAGUUUGAUUUCGUUCAGUCAGCUACAAAGACAAAAGGAGCUCGAUAAUAAAGAAUGUCCUGUCUUUGAGGAUGGAACCAAAUGUAAUUGCAGCGUUGAACGUGUUAACUUUGUAAGCGAUGAUCAUGUCGUGUUCAAUGCACGUGUCGAUUGUAGCGGAUUGAACUUGUUAACGUUGCCCGAUAAACUUCCCGCUGACACAACCACUUUAAACAUUUCGAACAACAGCAUCUCGAGUUUAGUACAUUUUCGCAGCUCUCCAUCGUACGAUUCUCUGCAAAAUUUCAUAGCUGAUCAUAACGAGAUUACAUCAAUGCUCGAUCUCGAAGGAAGUCAUUUCAUCCAACGAUUCAAUAAACUCUCAUUACGUCACAACCAGCUAAAGUCUAUCCCGAUCUACUUGCUUUCGAACGUUCUGGAUCGUCAUCCUCAAGGUGCUGAAGUUUUUCUCGAAGGAAAUACGAUAAAAUGCGAUUGUAAUGCUGCUAAAGUUUUGAAAAUCUGGUUGCUAGCUCGCCAAUCUCACAUCAAGGAUUACGAUAAAAUUGAGUGCCAUGACGGGAAACCCGUGCUUAGUUUAUCGGAGAACUUGUGUCGAUCAUAUGUUGAUUGGACAGACUAUAUUUACUUGAUAAUCAUAGCGGAAGUGCUGCUGCUGAUAUUUCUUAUCUGCAAAGUUACAUACGACUAUUAUGUGUUCAAGAUACAUGGAUUCUUGCCUUGGCCUGCUUCGGCAAUUCCCAAAAUACCUUUUUGCGAUUGGCUUUGUGAAAACUGAAAAACUCCCCGUCCUGAAUAAUCGUCCAACAGAAACUAUCUCAUGUACGUGUCAAAUCGAUGUCAUAUCAACUCUCGCCUUAUAUUAAUAAGUGCCUACGAAUUUAUCUACAAUAUACUUUUGUUUUUUUCAAAACAGGGGACUAUACUCUCUAUAAAAUAACUAAUAAUGUAUGUUGUUAAGAUAGCUUUUUAUGUGUGAUAAAUACAAUUCAUUAUUGUAAACGAACAAAAUGAAAAUAAAGA